AUGACAUGGAAAACUGUCACACCUACUUUGGAUGUGCCAGCUGUGUCAGAUGUUGAGAAAGAGCCAACUCAAGACAUUUCAAUCAAAGAGGAGGAACCACUUAUUGAGUACCAAGACAUGCCAUCUACUGUAGAUACCAAAGAACAACUUAUCCAAGAUCAAGAUAUGGUAUCCAACGCCCCAGAGUACCAAGGUGUGGAAGAAGAACCAGUUGUCGAAGUUCCUGCAACUGAGAAAGAAACCAAUAUUGAUGCUGAUGAAAUUUCUCUGACUGAGUACCAGAAAGAAACUCUUGUUGAUGUGCCACCAAAUGAGAAAGUGCCUACAACUGAGUACCAAAAUAUACCAGCUACUGAAGAAAAACCAGUUGCUGAUAUUCCAUCACCUACAGUUAUUGAUGUGCCACCUACUGAGAAAGUGCCUACAACUGAGUACCAAAAUAUACCAGCUACUGAAGAAAAACCAGUUGCUGAUAUUCCAUCACCUACAGUUAUUGAUGUGCCACCUACUGAGAAAGUGCCUACAACUGAGUACCAAAAUAUACCAGCUACUGAAGAAGAACCAGUUGCUGAUAUUCCAUCACCUACAGUUAUUGAUGUGCCACCUACUGAGAAAGUGCCUACAACUGAGUACCAAGAUAGACCAGCUACUGAAGAAGAACCAGUUGCUGAUAUUCCAUCACCUACAGUUAUUGAUGUGCCGCCUACUGAGAAAGUGCCUACAACUGAGAACCAAGAUAGACCAGCUACUGAAGAAGAACCAGUUGCUGAUAUUCUGUCACCUACUGAGAACGUUCCUACAACUGAGUACCAAGAUAUACCUGCCACUGAAGAAGAAACAGUUGUUGCUAUUCCUUCAACUGAAAAAGCAGUGCUUACUGAUAAGGCUGCUAUUGAGAAACCUAUGGUUGAGUACCAAGAUAUACCGGCUACUAAAGAUGAACCAGUUGCUGAUAUUUUAUCUACUGAGAAAGAAAACAAUUGUUGA